AUGUGGUCUAUUGUUGAAUUUAUGGAUGAACAUACAAUUGAAGUUGUGCCAGCGCAUUGGGUAAAGAACAACAAGUGCGCUUGGCCGAAAAAAAAUGUAAAAUCCAAUAUUGAAAGAAGAACGAUUCCAAAUACUUUUGAUUUUAAAUAUUAUUCCUCUAGAGUAAUUAAAAAAAGCAUUGAAACUUUACAAGUGGCUAGGGCUAAAUUGAAGACUGCUGAAUAUACUUCAGACUUAUCAACAACUGAAGAAGUUUGUUAUAGAAGGAAGACCAAAAAAACAACAAUUCCUGACCCUCCAUUAUACUCAUCACAUAUGGAGCCUUCUAAUGUUCAAAAAGAUAAUGUUAAUAAUACAUUUGAGACUCCAAGUUUGACAAGUGUACCAUUAGCAAAAACAUGUAAAAGAAAGCUUUUUGACUCCAAUUAUAUUUUUGAAGAUGACUCAGAUGAUUUCAUCCCAAGUCGUUCACUCAAUUUAAAACGUCAUACCAAUGAAAUUGAUAGAAAUUCAAAUGGUUCAAAUUCACCGGGUGAAACAUGUAUAUCUACUAAUUAUUAUCAAUCUAAGAAUUCUACACACCAAGUGCUUUCACUGAAAACUCCUCAGAUGUCUAAUAUAGUAAAUAAACCAUAUGCUAAUUAUUCUGCUCAACCGGAUUUUACAGUUACUGGUAUUUCCCUGGCUUCAAAUGUCAAACAUUCUAUUGUUCAUACUUCUUCGUCCCCAUUUAAAGUAACUUCGGAAAUUAAUGAUGACUAUCCAUCAAACAAUAUGAUGAAUGAACCGCAAAAAUCAAACAUACAUAAUUCUGGCUCAAGUGGUAUAAAUAGAAGAUACACAGAGAAGCAUAUGUAUAAAGAAGGGUCUACUGGGAGGUCUACACCUUUACUACAAGAUAACAUUGAAAUAGUGGCACCAUCUGCAGUACUUCCUUCAACUUUGCAAAGCUCUGAUACUGAAAUUGUUAAACGUAUAUUACAAGUAGUUUUAAAAAUAAGGUAUGAUGUUGAAAGCUUGGGUCAAAAACUGCAACAAAUUGAUAAACAAAUAGAAGAAAAUAGUUUAAUUAAAUCAGCUGUAAAUGAAUCAACUUAUAUUGAAACAAUAAAUCAAGAAAACGAUUUUGAAUCUCUACUUCCUUUAAUUAAUGAAGAUGAUCUUAAUAUGUUUGAAAACAAGCUCUCUGAUAGAAGUUUCAGAUUGAAUGUGGUAAAUGGCCUGAAGCGUUUAGUUAGAAAAACUUUAGCUUCAUCAAUACGCCAAGUAAUGCGUAAACUAUUUUCUUAUGAAUUAUUAAAAUACUAUAGUUACAUUGGUCAAAAAAAAAAGAAAAUAUUCUCGACAUUGUUAUCUUGUACAAUUAUAUUUGAAACCAUAAGAAAAUGUAAAGAUUUUCAAAAUGCUUUAAAUACUGAAAUAGAAGGUCCUAUUAAAAUAUACAUCGCUGGAGCAGCAUUUAGAAAAAAAAAUGUAGACGUGGAUUUCACUGAUUUUGUGAAAGCAUUUGACCGUGUCGACCACGCUAUCCUAAUUGACAUCCUCUAUAAGUCCGGUUUUGGCGAAGAUAUUUUGUCCUGGUUUAAAUCAUACCUGUCUAAUCGUGUGCAGUGGGUUAAAGUACUUGGAUCAAAAUCUGCUGUCGUCCCUGUUCCAUCUGGUGUUCCCCAAGGUGGUCACUUGUCUCCCCUGCUUUUUUCGCUAUUUAUAAAUGGAAUUAAGAAGGCUGUUCCUAAAUGUAAAUUAUUAUGUUUGUUGACGACCUGA